GGGCGCGCUGGCAUCCCUGCGGAGUCCCGGAACUCCUCCCAGGACCAGCGUCCUUGACCUCCAGGGGCCGGACCAGCACCCCGCCACUGCCCUCCGGGCAGUCUCGAUCCCUGUGCGGAGCAGACCGCUGGCGCGAUGCUGGCGCUGUGGCUGGUACACUGGGGGCCGAAGCUGCUGAUGUGGGGCGCGCUGAGCGCCAUCUCGGUGGGGGGCGCCACCCUAAUCCUGAACCUCCUGCAGAUGCUGGCUAGCUACGCGCGGAAAUGGCAGCAGAUGAGGCCCCUCCCCACGUUACCCGGCGCCUACCCGUUCGUGGGACACUCGCUGUGGAUGAAGCCGGACGGGAGAGAAUUUUUUCAGCAGAUCAUUUGUUACAGCGAAGAAUACCGACAUCAACCACUAGUGAAACUCUGGCUUGGGCCCAUACCAAUAGUGGCCAUUUAUAAUGCAGAAAGUGUAGAGGUAAUUUUAACUAGUUCAAGGCAAAUUGACAAAUCCUAUAUGUACAAGUUCCUGGAACCAUGGCUUGGCCUAGGACUUCUUACAAGUACUGGAAACAAAUGGCGAUCUAGGAGAAAAAUGUUAACACCCACUUUCCAUUUUACAAUUCUGGAAGAUUUCUUAGAUGUCAUGAAUGAACAAGCAAAUAUAUUGGUUAACAAGCUGGAAAAACAUGUUAACCAAGAAGCAUUUAACUGCUUUUUUUACAUCACUCUUUGUACCUUAGAUAUAAUUUGUGAAACAGCUAUGGGGAAGAAUAUUGGUGCUCAAAGAAACGAUGAUUCCAAAUAUGUCCGUGCAGUUUAUAGAAUAAGUGAUAUGAUACAUCAGAGAAUGAAGAGGCCCUGGCUCUGGCUUGAUUUUUUAUUUCUUAUGUUUAAAGAAGGACGGGAAUACAAAAGGAGCCUAGAGAUCCUACAUAAUUUUACCAAUAAUGUCAUCACUGAACGGGCCAGUGAAAUGAAGAGAGAAGAACCCGGAAGUGCUGACAAGGACUCUUCCUCCUCCAAAACUGAACGAAGGGCUUUUCUUGACUUGCUUUUAAAUGUGACUGAUGAUGAAGGGAACAAGCUAAGUUAUGAAGAUGUUCGAGAAGAAGUUGACACCUUCAUGUUUGAGGGCCAUGAUACGACAGCAGCAGCAAUAAGCUGGUCCUUGUAUCUAUUGGGUUCUUACCCAGAAGCCCAGAAACAGGUGGACAGUGAACUGGAAGAAGUGUUUGGGAAGUCUGAUCAUCCUGCUGCCUUAGAGGACCUGAAGAAACUCAGAUACUUGGAAUGUGUCAUUAAGGAGAGCCUUCGCCUUUUUCCUUCUGUUCCUUUAUUUGCCCGUAAUCUUACUGAAGAUUGUGAAGUUGGGGGUUACAAAAUUGUGCAAGGCUCUCAAGCCAUCAUCAUUCCCUAUGCACUGCAUAGAGAUCCAAGAUACUUCCCAAAUCCUGAGGAGUUCCAGCCCGAGCGGUUCCUUCCUGAGAAUUUGCAAGGACGCCAUCCAUACGCAUACGUGCCCUUCUCUGCUGGACCCAGAAACUGUAUAGGUCAAAGGUUUGCCAUAAUGGAAGAAAAGGCCAUUCUUUCCUGCAUCCUGAGGCAUUUUUGGGUAGAAUCCAACCAGAAAAGAGAAGAGCUUGGUCUAGCAGGAGAGUUGAUUCUUCGUCCAACUAAUGGCAUCUGGAUCAAGUUGAAGAGGAGAAAUGCGGAUGAAUCCUAACCAUAUAAUUGGACUGUGCCUUUGUCAUGUAAAAGGUCUUUCUUGAAGGAAACUGGAUUUAUAAUUUCUAGAUCAGAGUUCAAUACUCUUAGUCCCUAGACCUAUUUCUUUCUUGUCCCUGCUUACGUUGCAGUCAAGUCCACCAAAGAGUUUUAUAUUUUCAUCACCACCAUAGAUCUUACCCUUGGUUUUGAUCCCAAAAGUAGAGUUAACUGAUGAUGGCACCCAAAUAAACAUAGGACAAGUUUUUCAACAGAGGGAUCCACUGACCAACUCAAUUUCAAUUGGCACAUCCAAAGGAUAUAAUUUAAUUAAAGUUCCAGAAUUUUUUUAAGGUAUUCUUAUUGACUGGGGAACAUAUAUAUGCAUGUACACCUAUGCAUUUACUUUGAAAAGGGUGAUUAAUUAAGUACUUAGACAUAAGAAGCUUAAGUUUUUAAAUUAUAUGAGUGGCAUCAAUUAUGAGAAGAAUUAUUAUUACAGCACUUUUUGGAUUUUAUCACCUAGAGUAGAUAAUUUGUAAGUUGACUCAUAGGUUCUCUUCCUAUUUCCCUUUUGACUAAGUCCUUAUAGCCAUGACUUCAUUAUUCAUAGUAUCACAACUACCCUUAUAUAUCAUAUAAGGUUGGGAAAGAUUCCUCUUGGUAAUAACCAAUCCCCUACAUUGUGUCAGGGUUGAGUAAUGGCUUUUGGAGCUGGACGGUCCUUAUUGCGUAUCUAGUUGUACUCCCUUUUAUUAGAAGAAGGGAAUGAGGUCAAUGAGAAGGUAAGUUUCUGCCCAGAGUCAUGCCACUAGUGGGCGAUAGGGCUGGGCAUAGAGGCCUGUACUCUGUCUCUCUCCACUCCCGGUGCGAUAGGCUUCACUAUGUCUGCUUUUACUUUAUUGGAACUCAGGUGUGUAACUAGAUGUGUCAUUACAACACAGAUUUUCUGCCUCUAAUUUUGGAUAUUUCUUCUAGAAUUCUUCCAUUGUUAAAGGAAAAGAGAAGCCGUUCACCUCUAUUUAGGUAACUAUAUUUAGUAUUUAGGUUACUAUGUUUAGUAACCAGUAAUAUCUCACUUAGUUUAGGGUUAGGCGAGUAAAUUCAAUCCUCCAGAACAUACCUAUCGAGCUGUUAACUGACAUACAUUCUCUGAAUUUUAAUUCCAUAGGUAGUAUCUCUACUCCCUCACUCAGUGACUUUAAAAACCAACUUUUAAUAAACUUAAUAACAUUGUUUUUUCAAUACUCCCAAGGCAAUAGCAGAUAGAAGCAACGAAUUAAGAAGAUGGAAUUUCUAUUCUUCAAUGGAUAUCAGAGGAAGAGAUUACAGAACCAAAGCCGUUUGCAAGCACUUCAGGCUGAGUCAUUUAGGGCAGGGUCAGAAGCUCUACCCACGUUACAAUCCCAAGAAACCCUGGUGCAGACAACCCAGUUGCUAAGUUGAUGAGAAGAAGUCAAGGAAGUAUAUGAUACAAUUGAAAAAGAGGGGCGCCUGGGUGGCUCAGAUGGUUAAGCGUCUGCCUUCGGCUCAGGUCAUGAUCCCAGGGUCCUGGGAUCGAGUCCCGCAUCGGGCUCCCUGCUCCUUGGGAGCCUGCUUCUCCCUCUGCUUCUCUCUCUCUCUGCUCCUCUGUCUCUCAUGAAUAAAUAACUAAAAUCUUAAAAAAAAAAAAAAAAAAAAAAAGAAAAAGAGUCCCAUCAUAUGCUUACCUUUGUUAUCUAAAAAGUGGAUAUAGGCAGAAAAUCUUAUUCCCAGAUGACUAUAGAUAAUCAAAGUUUUAUUCUUGGAAAGUAGCAUUAUUUCUCAAUUUUAUGCAUUUAGAUAUAAAACUUGUGUGAUUUUUUCCUUCCUUUCCUUUUCUUCCCCCUUUUCUUUUUUUAGUGACCCUAAAUUAGAUGUAAAAUUAAAGUAAAACAUUUUUUAAUGUUACCUUUUGGCCUAAGGUCUUCAUGUGGCCCCAGAAUAAUUUGUUAUUUGUGUUUUAAUUGGAAAUUCUCUUAACCGUGUUAGAGGUGGAAUUGAGAAAUUAUGUUAUAGUCUGUGGUAUCAAAAUGCAGAUGCUGGCUUUUAGUUUUUUUUAAUAAGAGGAUGAUCUAGUAUCUGUGACCCUGUUACCUGUCUUACUACUGCUUGACAGAGGUAUUGCAAGAAAAAUAAAUUACAUUUUA